UGCAAAUAAAUGGCAGACGCCUAGAUGCCCAGCAAGCAUGCAUAAUUUACUGCAGUUUAUGAAACUUAUUGGACAGCUAAAGAGAGUACCCCGGACAGGGUGGGUGUAUAGGAAUGUGGAGAAACCAGAGAGUGUAUCUGAUCACAUGUACAGGAUGGCUAUGAUGGCCUUCUCGAUUGGUGACACAAAGCUCAACAAAGACAGAUGUAUAAAACUGGCUCUGGUUCAUGAUAUGGCAGAAUGUAUUGUUGGUGAUAUAUCGCCAGCAGAUAAUAUCAGCAAAAGUGAAAAACACAGAAGAGAAGAGGAAGCAAUGAAACAUUUGACUGGGCUGCUAAGUGAAGAUGUACAGAAAGAGAUUUAUGAGUUAUGGGAGGAAUAUGAAUGUCAAUCCAGCCCAGAGGCCAAGCUAGUGAAGGAACUUGACCAGUUUGAAAUGAUUCUUCAAGCAUAUGAAUAUGAGGACCUGGAGAAGACGCCAGGGCGACUGCAAGAGUUUUUUGAUUCCACAAAAGGGAGGUUUCAUCACCCAGAAGUUGUCCAGCUAGUCAAAAGUUUAAAUGAAGAAAGAAAUUCCCAAAUAUCUGCUGCAGGCUGCAGUUCUGAGGCUUCCCUACCACAGGCAAUACAGUCACAGCUGCCCAAAAAAACAUUAUGAGAAAAAUACAUUUGUUAAAUAAGUAUGUGAUUAUUACCUUGUACUACUUUUUUCUCUGGUGGAUUGCAUAUAUA